UGAAGUCAAUUUCUUUGUGUUCAGGACGAACAUCCCAGGCAACGACAUCAAGUCAGGCAAGGAGGUCUGUCAUUACUUACCCCCCUUCCCUGCCAUGGGAACCGGCUACCAUCGCUUCAUCUUUCUCCUCUUCAAGCAAGACUGCCCCAUAGAUUUCAGCGAGGAUGUUCGGCCCGUGCCAUGCCACAGCCUCAAGAUGCGAACCUUUAGCACGUUUGACUUCUACAGAAAGCACGAGGAUGCAAUGACCCCAGCAGGACUGGCGUUUUUCCAGUGUCAGUGGGACAGCUCCGUUACUUCGGUCUUCCAUCAGCUUCUCAAUAUGAGAGAGCCUGUGUUUGAAUUCGUGCGACCGCCCGUUUACCAUCCUCCACAGUUAAAGUUCCCGCGCCACCAACCUCUGAGGUACCUGGACAGAUACCGAGACACCGAGGAGCCCACCUACGGCAUUUACUAG